UGGAGGAAACUUAUAAAUGUGUGCAUUAAGAAGCUUACCAUGAUGUUAUCAGAGCUACUCUCUAGUAGUGGUGUGGAGGAGGGGGUGAUGCAUAGAUGUAUGGGUGUGUUGGUGGCUUGUGUACAGGAGGAGGAGGAGGAGGAGACUUGUACACAUAUGGUGGAUGGUGGGGCUCCUUGGGAGGUGGUGGAGGGGGAGAUUUGUACACGUAAGGUGGAUGGUAUGGCUUGGUGGGUGGUGGUGGUGGUGGAGGAGACUUAUAAACGUAGGGUGGAUGGUAUGGCUUGGUGGGUGGUGGUGGUGGUGGUGGGGACUUGUAAACGUAGGGAGGAUGGUAUGGCUUGGUGGGUGGUGGUGGUGGUGGAGGGGACUUGUAAACGUAGGGAGGAUGGUAUGGCUUGGUGGGUGGUGGUGGUGGUGGUGGAGACUUGUAAACGUAGGGUGGAUGGUAGGGCUUUGUGGGAGGUGGUGGUGGUGGAGGGGACUUGUAAACGUAGGGUGGAUGGUAGGGCUUGGUGGGUGGUGGUGGUGGUGGAGACUUGUAAACGUAGGGUGGAUGGUAGGGCUUUGUGGGAGGUGGUGGUGGAGGAGGGGACUUGUAAACGUAGGGUGGAUGGUAGGGCUUUGUGGGAGGCGGUGGUGGGGGAGACUUGUACACGUAGGGUGGAUGGUAGGGCUUCUUUGGUGGCGGUGGUGGAGGAGACUUGUAUACAUAUGGUGGGUGGUAGGGCUUCUUUGGUGGCGGUGGUGGGGGAGACUUAUACACAUAUGGUGGAUGGUAGGGCUUCGUGGGUGGUGGUGGUGGUGGAGACUUGUAGACGUAAGGUGGAUGGUAUGGUUUCACCGGCGGAGGAGGAGGAGGAGGAGACUUGUACACAUAAGGUGGAUGGUAUGGUUUCACCGGCGGAGGAGGAGGAGGAGGAGGAGACUUGUACUCAUAGUGCUCCUUUGGAGGUGGAGGAGAUGAGUACGGGUAGUUUGCAGAGGUUUCAGACGGCAAGCUGAGAGAGACUAAUGCAACAAAAAGAGUGAGAAUGAGAGAGGUCGUCACUCGAGACCCCAUUUUUCCCAUCUUCACUGCGAAUGGG